AGAGAAACUGAAACUUAACGGCCAUUUUAAAAACGGAAGAGAAAGAAUCCCUAGAAAAGAAGGAAUCAAAAUAAAUGUAAAAAAAACGGAGUGAACAGCCUGUUGUGGAGUGGAACUGAGGUCUGCCAAUUUGGGUCAGAACCCACUUGUGAAUCUGAUCUGGUGUGUUCAGGUGUCCUGAGACAGGGGGCGCUGUUUCUAAAAUGAGUUCCUCAGAGGAGACCGAGACUGACGAUGGAACCCACGGCCUUGCGAGAAAGAGGGUUCGGGUAGCGAGGGCUGGGUCACCUGUACCCAGCUGUCUGUCUAUGAAGAGUGACCGUUCAAUGAAUCGUCCAAUCAACUUAAGAGGAGAGGUCACAGGUGAUCAAAGGGUUCGGGUAGUGAGGGCUAGGUCAGCUGUACCCAGCUGUCUGUCUAUGAAGAGUGACCGUUCAAUGGAUCGUCCAGUCGGCUUCAGAGGAGAGUUCACAGGUGAUUACAGGGUUCGGGUAGCGAGGGCUGGGUCACCUGUACCCAGCUGUCUGUCUAUGAAGAGUGACCGUUCAAUGAAUCGUCCAAUCAACUUAAGAGGAGAGGUCACAGGUGAUCAAAGGGUUCGGGUAGAGAGGGCUGGGUCACCUGUACCCAGCUGUCUGUCUAUGAAGAGUGACCGUUCAAUGAAUCGUCCAAUCAACUUAAGAGGAGAGGUCACAGGUGAUCAAAGGGUUCGGGUAGUGAGGGCUGGGUCAUCUGUACCCAGCUGUCUGUCUAUGAAGAGUGACCGUUCAAUGAAUCGUCCAAUCAACUUAAGAGGAGAGGUCACAGGUGGUCAAAGGGUUCGGGUAGUGAGGGCUGGGUCAUCUGUACCCAGCUGUCUGUCUAUGAAGAGUGACCGUUCAAUGAAUCGUCCAAUCAACUUAAGAGGAGAGGUCACAGGUGGUCAAAGGGUCCGGGUAGAGAGGGCAGGGUCACCUGUACCCAGCUGUUUGUCUAUGAAGAGUGAUCAUUCAAUGAGUGAUCCAAUCAACUUCAGAGGAGAGUUCACAGGUGAUCAAAGGGUCCGGGUAAAGAAGGCAGAGUCACCUGUACCCAGCUGUCUGUCUAUGAAGAGUGAUAAUUCAAUGAAUUUUCCAGUGAACUUCAGAGGAGAGUUAACAGGUGAUCAAUGGGUCCGGGUAAAGAAGGCCCAGGGCACCCGUACCCGCUGUCUGUCUAUGAAGAGUGAUAAUUCAAUGAAUUUUCCAGUGAACUUCAGAGGAGAGUUCACAGGUGAUCAAAGGGUCCGGGUAAGGAAGGCAGAGUCACCUGUACCCAGCUGUCUGUCUAUGAAGAGUGAUAAUUCAAUGAAUUUUCCAGUGAACUUCAGAGGAGAGUUCACAGGUGAUCAAAGGGUUCAGGUAGAGAGGGCAGGGUCACCUGUACCCAGCUGUCUGUCUAUGAAGAGUGAUCAUUCAAUGGAUCGUCCAAUCUACCUCAGAGGACAGUUCACAGGUGAUCAAAGGGUUCAGGUAGAGAGGACAGGGUCACCUGUACCCAGCUGUCUGUCUAUGAAGAGUGAUCAUUCAAUGGAUCGUCCAAGCAACUUCAGAGGACAGUUCACAGGUGAUCAAAGGGUCCGGGUAGAGAGGGCAGAGUCACCUGUACCCAGCUGUCUGUCUAUGAAGAUUGAUCAUUCAAUGCAUCUUCCAUACAACUUCAGAGGAGAGUUCACAGGUGAUCAAAGGGUCAGGGUAGAGAGGGCAGGGUCACCUGUACCCAGCUGUCUGUCUAUGAAGAGUGAUCAUUCAAUGCUUCUUCCAUACAACUUCAGAGGAGAGUUCACAGGUGAUAAAAGGGUCUGGGUAGAGAGGGCAGGGUCACCUGUACCUAGCUGUCUGUCUAUGAAGAGUAACCAUUCAAUGCAUCAUCCAAUGUACUUCAGUGGAGAGUUCACAGGUGAUCAAAGGGUCCAGGUAGGUUGGGCUGCGUCACCUGUACCCAGCUAUCUGCCUAUGAAAAGUGACCAUUCAAUGCAUCAUCCAAUGUACUUCAGUGGAGAGUUCACAGGUGAUCAAAGGGUCCAGGUAGAUAGGGCUGUGUCACCUGUACCCAGCUGUCUGUCUAUGAAGAGUGACCAUUCAAUGCAUCAUCCAACGUACUUCAGUGGAGAGUUCACAGGUGAUCAAAGGGUCCAGGUAGGUUGGGCUGCGUCACCUGUACCCAGCUGUCUGCCUAUGAAAAGUGACCAUUCAAUGCAUUAUCCAAUGUACUUCAGUGGAGAGUUCACAGGUGAUCAAAGGGUCCAGGUAGGUUGGGCUGCGUCACCUGUACCCAGCUGUCUGCCUAUGAAAAGUGACCAUUCAAUGCAUCAUCCAAUGUACUUCAGUGGAGAGUUCACAGGUGAUCAAAGGGUCCAGGUAGAUAGGGCUGUGUCACCUGUACCCAGCUGUCUGUCUAUGAAGAGUAACCAUUCAAUGCAUCAUCCAAUGUACUUCAGUGGAGAGUUCACAGGUGAUCAAAGGGUCCAGGUAGGUUGGGCUGCGUCACCUGUACCCAGCUGUCUGCCUAUGAAAAGUGACCAUUCAAUGCAUCAUCCAAUGUACUUCAGUGGAGAGUUCACAGGUGAUCAAAGGGUCCGGGUAACGAAGGCAGAGUCACCUGUACCCAGCUGUCUGUCUAUGAAGAGUGAUCAUUCAGUGCCAUUUCCAGACAACUUCAGAGGAGAGUUCACAGGUGAUCAAAGGAUUCCCUGCUCACUGUUUUUACGUCGUUUAGACGAGGAGUAUUCAGAGAAACUUUCCUCCUUAAAACAGUCUCUCCUGCGCACUCUGAUGAAGCUGAAGAAGACUGAAAAGUUGAAACUGUUUCAGAGCCAUCUGAGUCAGGGUUUCCCAGAAUGGUUUAAUAGUAGAAGAACAGAAGAUCCUUCUGUACUGGAUACGUUUAUGAAGAUGAAGGAAUUGUUCAAGAGUCAUCAAAUUGCUGAUUACCCAGAAUGCACUGAGAGAGGGCAGGAGGAUCCUGAGGCCCUUUACAGGAGGAUGCUGGAGACCUAUGGCAUUGAGGGGUCUCUGAAGAUCACACUCCAUAUCCUGAGGAACAUGAAGAAGAAGGAUGUCACUGACCCACUGGAGAGAGGUGAGCAGCACAAUGAAUUCAAAGAAAGAGCCCAGCAGGCACUGAAAACUCAUCUGAAGAAGAGGUUUGAAUGCAUAUUUGAAGGUAUAGCAAAGCAGGGCCACCAAACCCUCCUCAAUAAGAUCUAUACAGAGCUCUACAUCACAGAGGGGGGAAGUGGGGGGGUCAAUGAUGAACAUGAGAUCAGACAGAUUGAGACAGCAUCGAAGAGACAAACCACACAUGAGACUGCAAUCAUCUGCAAUGAUAUCUUUAAGCCUUCACCUGGACAAGAGAAACCAAUCAGAACUGUGCUUACAAAGGGCAUCGCUGGCAUUGGGAAAACAGUCUCUGUGCAGAAGUUCAUUCUGGACUGGGCAGAUGGAAAAGCCAAUCAGGACAUUGAUUUCAUCUUCACUCUUCCUUUCCGAGAUCUGAAUCUGAAAAAGGAGACAGAAUUUAGUCUCAUGGAACUUCUGCAGCAAUACUUUCCACAACUGAAAGAGAUCAAGAGUAUUGAAGGCGAUAAAGUGAAAAUUGUAUUUAUCUUUGAUGGUCUGGAUGAGUGUCGACUUCCUCUAGAUUUCCAAGGCAAUGAGAUUUGCUGUGAUAUAACAGAGUCAUCAUCAUUGGAUGUGCUGCUGACCAACCUCAUUAAGGGGAAUCUGCUUCCCUCUGCCCUCCUCUGGAUCACCUCCCGACCAGCAGCAGCCAAUCAGAUCCCUCCUGAGUGCGUCCACCAGGUGACAGAGGUACGAGGAUUCAAUGACCCACAGAAGGAGGAGUACUUCAGGAAGAGAAUCAGAGAUGAGAACAAGGCCAGCAAAAUUAUCUCACACAUAAAGUCAUCCAGGAGUCUCUACAUCAUGUGUCACAUACCAGUCUUCUGCUGGAUUUCUGCCACUGUUCUGGAGACAAUGUUGGAUAAAGUGAGUGGAGACCUGCCCAAAACUCUGACUGAAAUGUACACACACUUCCUGCUCAUUCAGACUAAUGUGAAGAAUGAGAAGUAUCAUGGCACCAAUGAGACGACCCCAAAGAAAAUGUCAGCAUCAAAUACAGAAAUCAUCCUGAAACUGGGGCAGCUGGCUUUACUACAGCUGUUAAAGGGCAAUCUGAUAUUCUAUGAAGAGGACCUGAGAGAGAUGGGCAUUGAUGUCAGUGAAGCUUCAGUGUACUCUGGGGUGUGCACAGAGAUCUUUAAAGAGGAGUGUGGGUUGGGUGAGGAGAAGGUCUACUGCUUUGUGCAUCUGAGCAUUCAGGAGUAUCUGGCUGCCUUGUUUGUGUUUCAUUCAUGUGUGAAUGAGAACAGAAAUGUACUCAGGGCAGAAGAAUCAAAACCUCGCAGACGCGGAGUCAGAGUGCAGCUGUCUGAGUUACACAGGACUGCAGUGGAUCAGGCCUUAGCGAGUAAGAAUGGACACCUGGACCUUUUCCUCAGAUUCCUUCUAGGCCUCUCUCUGGACUCCAUUCAGACUCUAUUAGGAGGAAUACUGACACAGACAGGAAGCAGAUCAGAGAGCAUUGAUAAAACAGUAUUGUACAUAAAAGAGAGGAUCAAAAAAGAAUCUUCAGCAGAGAGGACCAUAAAUCUGUUCCACUGUCUCAAUGAACUGAAUGACAACUCUCUAGUGGAGGAAAUCAAGAAUUUUCAGAGAUCAGGAAAACUCUCUAAUGAAAUGCUGGAACCACACCAAUGUUCAGCCCUGGCCUUUAUGUUACUGAUGUCAGAGGAGAUCCUAGAUGAGUUUGACUUGAAGACCUACAAAACAUCAGCAGCAGGUUAUCAGAGACUGCUACCAGUAGUCAGGAACUGCAGGAAGGCCAUACUGAACGGCUGUGACCUCACAGAGAUGUCCUGUGAAAUUGUGGCCUCUGCUCUUCAGUCAUCAAACUCAACCCUGAGUGAUCUGGACCUCAGCUACAAUAACCUGGGAGAUUCAGGAGUGAAGCUGCUCUGUGCUGCACUGAUGAGUCCAAACUGUAAACUACAGAGACUGGGGCUGGGUUGGUGUAAUCUCACAGAGGGCUGCUGUGAUGUUCUGGCCUCAGUCCUGCGCUCUCCUCACUCAGAGCUGAGAGAUCUGGAGCUCAGAGACAAUGAGCUGCAGGAUUCAGGAAUGAGAGCGCUCUCUGCUGGACUGGAGGACCCACACUGUAAACUGCAGAGACUGGGGCUGUCAGGCUGUAGAGUCACACAGAGAGGCUGUGAUUCUCUGGCUUCAGCUCUGUGUUCAAACCCCUCACACCUGAGAGAGCUGGACCUGAGAUACAAUCACCCAGGAGACUCAGGAGUGAGAGCGCUGUCUGCUGCUAAACUGGACACACUCACACUGCUUGUGGACCAUGGAGGAGAGAACAGGACCAAACCAGGACCCAGGAAAUACGGCUGUCAGCUCACACUGGAUCCAAACACAGCGCACAGAGAGCUGUCUCUGUCUGAGGGGAACAGGAGGGUGACACACACACCGGGGAGAGAGGAGCCAUAUCCUGAUCAUCCAGAGAGAUUUGAGUACGUGCGCCAGGUUGUGUGCAGAGAGAGUGUGUGUGAGCGCUGUUACUGGGAGGCUGAGUUCAGUGUGUCUGGGGGGGAGGUUGAUAUAGCAGUGACAGAUAAAGGAAUCAGCAGGAAAGGAGGGGGUUCUGACUUUAUGUUUGGAUUCAAUAAAAACUCCUGGAGUCUGACCUGCGUUAAAUACGGUCACCCUGCUAAACUCAGUUACUGUGUCAGGCACAAUAAGAACCGAACAGACCUACCUGCCCCCCCCUCCCCCUACCGCAGAGCAGGAGUGUGUGAUGAUGAUGAUGAUGGUGGUAGAGGAGUUUGUGUGUACAGGGUAGGAGUGUGUGUGGACCGUCCAGCCAGCACUCUAUCCUUCUACAGCGUCUCUGACUCUGACACACUGACCCUGCUGCACAGAUUCCACACACACUUCACUCAACACACACCCCUCUGUGCUGGAUUUUAUGUGAGUGACGCCUCAGUGUCCCUCUGCCAACUGGAGUAGAGACACACACACACGCACACGCACGUGCGCGCACACACAAAUAUGCACGUGCACACACACACGCAUACACACACACACAUGCGCGCACACAAACAUGCACGUGCACACACACGCAUAGACACACACACACGUGCGCAUACACACUCGCACACAUGCAUGCACACACACACAAAUAAAUACACUCAUGCACACACACACACCACAUUCAUAUGUCCACUCACACACACACACACACCACACACACUCAUAUACACAUACACGCACACACUCAGAUACACAGACACAUACACCCACAUACACACAUCCACACAUCCACACACACUCUCACACACACCCUUGCUUUCUCACACUCAUGCACACGCACUCACAAAUACACACACUGAUGUACACUCAUGCACACGCACUCACACACCUACGCACGCACACACUCGUGCACACACACUCACACUCUUACACACACAUACACACCCUCUCACACCCAAUCACUCACACACCCAAUCACACACAUGCACACACACACCUACACACAUGAACACACACAUUCACCAGUGCACUCUCACACGCACACACACAUGCAUACAUAUGUACACACGCUCAUAACCGUAUGCACACACACACACCGUCUCUCUCUUAAACACACGCACUCACAUCCACAGUCACACACACAUUCACACAAACACACACACACACAAACUCAUGCACUCACGCACACACACAUACAUGCAUGCAGAGACAAACACGUGUCAACACACACAAUCACAUUCCCAUAUGCAUGCACACACAUGUAUAAACACACACAUUCUCUUACCCAUGCACACACACACUGAUGUACACUCAUGCACACGCACUCACACAUCCACGCACGCACACACUCGUGCACACACACAUACACACUCUCUCACACCCAAUCACUCACAUACCCGAUCACACACACAUCUACACAUGGACACACAAUCUCUCGCACACACAAACACACAUUCACCAGUGCACUCUCACGCACACACACGCAUGCAUGCAUACAUACACACGGUCAUAAUCGUAUGCACACACCCUCUCUCUCACACACACACUCUCACAUCCACACACAUUCACACAAACGCACGCACACACACACAAACUCAUGCACUCACGCACACACACACAUGCCUGCAGAGACACAAACACGUGUCAACACACACACUCCUCAGUGUCCCUCUGCUAACUGGAGUAGAGACACACACACAUGCGCGCACACACACACGCAUACACACACACGUGAGCAUACACACUCCAACGCAUGCACACACACACAGACAUAUAUAUACACACACUCUCAUGUACACAUACACACACACUCAAUCACACACUCACACAUAUAUAUAUACACACUCAUAUGCACCUAGACUCACACGCACGCACUCACACAUCUACACACACUCUCGCACAACCAGUCACACACACACACACUCUCUCUCUCACAUACACUCCAUCACACACACACGUACUUUCACACACACCCUUUCUCUCUCAGUCAUGCACACGCAUUCACACUCAUGUUUACUCAUGCACACACACACCCUCUCUCUCUCACACACUCCAUCACACACACACACACAUACUCUCACACACACCCUUUCUCUCUCAGUCAUGCACACGCACUCACAAAUACAUACACUCAUGUUUACUCAUGCACACGCACUCACAGACCUAUGCACGCACACUCUCUCACACCCAGUCACUCACACACACCUACACACGGACACACACAAUCUCACGCACACACACACACGCGCAUGCACACAUACACGCGCUCAUACACACACACUCUCACUCACACACUCACAUACAGUAUACAGACACACACAUUCGCAAACACACACACACACACAUUUAUGCAAUCACGCACAAACACAAACGUGUCAGCACACGCACAUUCUCAUUCCCAUACGCAUGCACGCACACACAUGUAUAAACACACACAUUCUCUUACCCAUACGCACACACACACACUCAUGCACUCACACAUGCACACACAUGCAUACACAUACAUGCGUGCACACACCAUAUACACAUGUAUACACAAACAUUCUCAUACCCAUACAUACACACACACACACAUGUAUAAACACACACACAUUCACAAAGGCACUCUCACGCACACACACAUACACAUACAUACACUCAUUCUCUUGCACGCACACACACUCAAAUAAACAAUCACACACACAUUCACACAAACGCAUGCACACACACUUUCUCUUACCCAUACACACACGCACCCGUGUGUACACACACACAUACUCAUGCACUCAAUCAUACUCUCACACAUGCACACAUACAUACAUGCGUGCACACGCACACACAUUCUCUUACCCAUACACACACACAAUCCGGGCACACACAUACUCAUGCACUCACACACAUACACACACAUGUUCACAUCCACAGUCACUCCCACAAACGUACGCAUGUAUGCACACACAUUCACAAAUUCACGCACACAAACACACUCUCACCCAAUCACACACACACACAUCGACACACUUGCAACCUUCCUUGACCAAUGCCUUACCAGUGCAAUUUCAGCUGUGCCCAAUAUUAACCUCAGUACAGCUUAAACCCUGUACAGAACAGUAUGAUAUUUUAGCAGGUUCAGGUUAAGCACUUGCUGUCUAAAUGUGAUUUUUUUUUACAUUUUAAUUAGGGCUGUCAAAGUCAACGCGUUGAUAACGCGUUAACGCAAAUUUGUUUUAACGCCACUAACUUUUUUAACGCACGUUAACGCACGUUCUGUUAUGAACGUUUGCCCGACCCUUAUGCUGCGUUCAAGACAACUUGGAACUAGUAAAAAACGAGGUCCGACUUGUGAAAAAAGCAACUGAAAGGUCAUAGAACUCGGAAUUAUAGGUCAGAAAUUUGAGCAUCAUUUCUGAGCUCCGACUUUUCCCUCUUCCGGAUUGGUGACAUUUGGUCACAUUAAGAUAAAUGGCGGCAUUUGUAGUUUGUGGUAAGAAAUAAAAGUGGUGCAUUUAGGCUUUUCAUGCAUUUUCAUUUGGGUGUGUCAUUAUGUGGAAUGCGUUAGUAUCGUUUAUGUUUCCCAUUCAUUAUAGCAAUAUAUGAAAUAUAAAAGUUACGAUAUCCAUCAGCAACUUUUUUCGCUAGGCAGCUUAACUAGAAAACGUAAUUUUGCUCAGAAAUAAAUGCUGCAAAUGAUAUAGCGAAACACCUGACAGUGAUACCAUAUUUACGUUUCAGUACUACUGCAGCCUAACUAAUUUCGCGGUUUCACUCUAUUUACUAAUUUAAUAUACUCCUUAACAAUAAAAUAAAGCAGCGUUUUCUGUGGGAAUCCAUGUUUUUCCGAGUAAAACAGCGUGAACGCAGUUUUUCAUUGUCCGGGCAUAUUGUUCAGAAGAAGGGAGCUGCCCUGUCAUCCGACAAUGUAAACAGGCUUGUCUGUUUAAGCAACUGGCUCGGUGCAAAGAAAUAGAAGUAGCCUAACUGUUGUAUCCAAAGAAAUGGAAGUAUAGCCUACUGCAAUAUCCUAGUUUGAGUCCUAGUUCUGUAUUAUACUCCCUUUCCACUGUAUCCUGCUCACUUUAUUUAUUGUUUGUUUUAUUUUGUAUCAUCCUGUUUUGAUCCCAUAUAGUAGAAGGGGAUGUUUUUGUGAGCCUUUAUUUUCCCCAAGUGAGGUUGGACACAAUUACGUUGUGUGAUUUGCUUUAGAAGUGCGAGGGAUCCAGGGAAUGAUCUUUGAGUAAUGGAAAAUUUAUCUGACCAAUGUACCUGUUGUACAAUGUGUCUGUUGUUGCGAUGCAUUGAGGUCCAUCAUUUUGUGUUAAUGCUUAAAAAAAGGGAUGUUUUAGUGUGUGACUACUCAUAUUACUAAGUAAUGUUACAUUUAACAGGUCAAUAUGCCCAUCUGUUGUUGCCUGUUGGGCUUUUAGUUUGCCAUGUUAUGAUUUGAGCAUAUUUUGUUAUGGUAAAUACAGUACCUUUGAGGGUUUCUGGACAAUAUUAGUCAUUGUUUUGGGUUGUUAAUUGAUUUCCAAUAAUAAAUAAACAUUCAUUUGCAUAAAGCAAGCAUAUUUGUCCACUCCCGUGUUGAUAAGAGUAUUAAACACUUGAAAAAUAUCCCUUUAAGCUACAUUUUGAACAGAUAAAAAAUGUGCGAUUAAUUUGCGAUUAAUCACGAUUAACUAUGGACAAUCAUGCGAUUAAUCACGAUUAAAUAUUUUAAUCGAUUGACAGCCCUAAUUUUACUACAUUUAUAUUGUAAAUGUUCAAGGUGUGUUUAUGUACUUUUGAUUAUUAAAACACUAAUAUAACAUUGAGAGUAAUACUGGCAAAAGAUGGCAGGGUAAAAUGUUUUUGAAGUAAUAAUUCUGUCUCCUGUAUCCUGCAUCUUUUUUAAAAGAAGCCAGUGGCUCCACUUAAAUGUGCAUUUUAUUAGUUUUUACAGUUGCUUUCAUUCAUUUUCCCAAGAUUUCCAAUGUGCAAAUGUCUGUUGGCAAAUGCAGCUGAUAGGGAGAAUGCAGAAUGAUCACUACAGUGUACUUAUUUCCUUUCAUUACUGUAAACAAUGAUGGAUUGAGUUUCCUUAUUAAUUCUGUUAGGAUUGGUUUUUUUUUGCUUUAAUUUUCUGUAUUUUCAGACAAUAAUAUGCAAUGAUUAAACCUGAAUUAAUAUCAAA